AUGGCAUAUAGAAAUCCGCUUGACGGAGAACCCCCAGAGUUGCUCCAUGAGAGCUAUUCUGGCAAAUCAACCAGAACUCCUCGCACAAGAGAUAUCCCAACUUACGGCACCGAAUACUACUUGUCAGAGCAAACAGGUACUUCUGGACGAUCUGUCUCUGGUAAUUUCCAAUUUAAAAAAGAUCGCAUCGCACCAUUCACACCCAUCAAUUCCGAAUUCGCACCAGGCACUGAACCCGACAAUUCGGUCGCAACAGCCACAUCCAACUUCCACGGAGUGAUUGUUGAUGAGCUCGAUCGAAAAUUAAAGAGAGAUCAAGUGGCCGCAAGCAGAACAAUUUUUGAGGACGAGCAGGCAGAACACCAGGAUCUCACCUACAUCGAUUCCUUACAAGCUGCUCAUAUUUACCAAGCUUCUGACAAGCAAGUUGUAAUUGGACAAUUCCAACCUAGUCUUUCAAAGAUAAACAGUUCCCUAGGUAUUGAGGUCUGCCGCGGCUUUGAUAGUGACUUUCAAGAAACCGGUCGUCUUCAUCGAAAAGCCAAUAUUGACAAACUUACCGACCAUCCCAGCUUGACGAAGAUCGAUACAACGCCCUUCUUUCCAACAACUAUUGAUAUGUCGUUCCUAUUUUCUGCCCCAGUCGAUAUUGAUAUCGUUCUGGAAGAUGGAGAUAGUCGGGAGACAGUAGAGGUUAAGAAUAAGAGUAGUAAGGAAAGGGUACCGCUUUACAAAGAUGGCGAAUCAGUUAGAGGAGCUGUCACCAUUAGACCUAAGGAUGGGAAAAGGUUAGAGCACACGGGUAUUAAAGUGCAGUUCAUUGGAAUGAUUGAGAUGUUUUACGAUCGAGGCAACCACUACGAAUUUCUGUCAUUAGGACAAGAGCUUGCUGCUCCUGGUGAUUUACAACACCCGCAAGCUUACGACUUCAAUUUUAAAAAUGUCGAAAAACAAUACGAAUCUUACAACGGCAUUAAUGUCAAGUUACGUUAUUUCAUCAAGGUCACCGUUUCUAGACGAAUGGCAGAUGUGAUCCGCGAAAAAGACCUUUGGGUAUUUUCUUACAGAAUUCCUCCGGAGAUGAAUAGUUCUAUCAAAAUGGAUGUUGGUAUUGAGGAUUGCUUGCAUAUCGAAUUUGAAUACUCGAAAUCGAAAUACCACCUCAAAGAUGUUAUUGUUGGCCGCAUUUACUUUUUACUCGUUCGUCUCAAGAUCAAACAUAUGGAAUUGUCUAUCAUUCGACGCGAAACUACUGGAACGCCUCCCAACCAAUACAAUGAGAGUGAAACUUUGGUUCGAUUUGAGAUUAUGGAUGGUUCGCCAUCAAGAGGAGAAACUAUUCCUAUUAGACUUUUCUUAGGCGGCUUUGAUUUGACUCCUACUUUCCGCGAGGUCAACAAGAAAUACUCCACCCGCUACUAUUUGAGUUUAGUUCUCAUCGAUGAGGAUGCCCGACGUUAUUUCAAGCAAUCCGAAAUCGUUCUUUACCGUCAACAACCAGAAGAUGCUUUAGCACUUGGUCAACAGACUAAGAUUGCUGGGGCACAUUCUGCUCCUAGUCCAGCGGCACAAAAACGGCUUUCUGCUCAAUAA